AUGAUGGACUUUGAAGUAAGCCCCUUCGACCUAGAGCCGGGCGGGUCUACCAAUACUUCAAGCGAGCUAUUACCUAAUGCAGAUAAGGCCUCGCUGAAGCCUCAACCCUGCUGGGGUUUCUCGACCGGCUCCCACCAGUCGGCGGUGAUCGUCCCCUCAUUCUGCCGCUCCACGCUGAGGCUGGAAUCAGUUGAGGAUUACUUGCUAGUUUACUGCGUUGGUUCCUGGUGUGUCGUUCGCGGCCCAGCAGCUUGCAUGUUAGAGUCAAGCAAGGCCGUUAAUUUGCUGCCUAAACUUGCUCAGCGCGCUCCCCUUCCUGAGUCCAAACCCACCCAAAGAGAAUUAACCGAAUGGCUCCGGCCAUCUUCGGUAUUUUCCACACCCUUAGAUCGCCCGUUGGGUGGUCAGCCAUCUUCGCCGUACACCGAGAGGGUAUUCUCCCGACAUUCCAACAAGGUUAACCUCCUAGUAUACUCCCAUGCGCUGAAACUCUGCCUUUCUUCGGAGCAGCUGAACUCUACAAGAGGGUCCGGCAUUAUGCCUCUCUGCCGCCUUUGGUCGCCGCACACUCUGAGAGAGGUGGCAUUGGUGCAGGUGCCAUCAUGGCACGAGGUUGCUGCUGCGCACUUCAGCCACAAUGGAAGCCUCCUGUUCCUGCUGCUAGCAGACCCUCAACACUCUCUUGCAGUUUAUUUUCACGUUAAUUUGGCCCUUCAAGGCCAGCUAGGCGAAUAUGUUAGCACGCAUUCUCCCUCAGGGUUGCCACUGCUGCAUGUGACACAUGUGACUCCCUGCACCCGCUCUUUGUUGAAUGGCCUCACGCUCGAGCCUACGCCGAAAACAGCCCGACAGAGUCAUUUCAAACGCGGGCGCAGUCAGUGGUGCUGGACAAAAAGUGGAUCGUUAUGGUCUACGAAUAAGGGGAGCGAAAUUCUGGCUGAGAAUGCAACGAAGUGUGGCAGCAAUGAAGGCCUCCACAUCCGUCUUGCAACGUUUGGCUUGGGUCACCUACGUGUCUGGAACAUCAACAGCGAACGCUUCUCUCAGCCGCCAUCGUACAAGAGUUUGUGCAUUUCCCGACUGGGUGGUGACGGAGUACAGAACGGACAGCCUGAAGCGACGGCUUGUGCGUUUUUGGCCUCUGGAGACAUCAUUACGGCCCUUGCUGACCGCCGCAUUGUUGUGUUUCGAGGGUUGGCGCCACUGCGCUCUGUUUCUCUGCCAUCUUUCUGCAGCAGAGUGGUAUUCCUGCAGCUUGUGCAGAGGAGCUUGCUGCUGCUGGUGGCUCAGGAGGGCCUCGUUCAGUUGCUACCUCUCACUUCCUUGACUUCCACUGGAAGUGGUUUUCAAGCCCUAUCUGGGAGCAGUGCGGGAGCGCAACCUGAGCUGCCUAAGUCUGUGGAAAAGCUUACCACACGAACAAGAACUCCGCCUGCAUCCUGCCUCCCGCAGACCGCCACAGUCAACCAGCCAGCCCGCUGCCGCUCGCAGUCUGAUUCGCACUCGAUGACUUCCAGGACAAUUUCGCGGUGCCGAUCGCCUGCGCCGAAGUCCACCGCCACAACUCCCCCUUUUGCAACAGGAUCAGUGCAUGCUCCGAGGCGAACGCCUCGCAGCACAUACGGCGACUCUGUCGGCCGCUGGUACUCAGGCAGUCGGCGUCGGUUGCGCCCUUUGAGUGCAGCCGGCAGCAGAGGGAAAACUCAGCGUCCAGAGAAAUCUUCUCUCCACCGCUCUCCCUCGGCAGUCAGUCGAACGAGCACUCGUAGCAGCGUCGGCAGAAAUACCCGGAAAGCAGAGAUGCAGCAGCAGCAGCAGCGGCAGCGCCUGCAGGGGCGUCACAAAUACCCUUCCCACGGCUAUGCCGCAAUAUUAUCAUUGCGUGAAUUGCACCCGAAGCGAUGCUUGAAUAUCCAGCAAGUGGCCUUGAGACAUAUUAAGAGUGGACGAACAGACGCAGCGUCUGCGUGGCUGCCACUGCACAGUUCACAAGUUGCUGCGGUGUACUGGAGCGAGCCUCUUCUGUUGCUUUGCACGAGGACGCAAGUCUUGGUAAUGGACGCCCUGCAGCUUUCAGCGGAAACCUCUCUUGUCUUACAGGAAAGGCCCCUGGGAAGCCUCGACGUCUCAGCAGUUCUGCCUCUUCCGAGCUCGCCAGCUGUUGCUCUUGGUUACUCUCAGCAGACCGCUGGCUGCGCCCACCCACCAGCAGCACCUUCUCGGCAGCUGCAAGAGGGCUGUCCUUGCCUUAUUGUCAUGGGGGGCCGAUGUUGUGUGGGAGGAGAGCUCCGCCUGUGGGACCUUCGUUCGCCUAACAUGUCGACUCUUCCGCUUUACUUUAAGUCCGCUGUGACAGCUGUAGCUGCGACCGUCAUAGAGGAGGGAUGCCAUGGCCUUGUGGCAGUGGGCACGGAGGAUGGUGAGAUGGUCUUGCUCACGCUCGAACAAAACAACGCAGGGGUCCUCGAGCUGCCUUCAGUCGCACUUGACCGCCAAGUCACGCCUCGUCCCAUUUCUGCUUUGGGGCUUGACAGAGGAGGACGAGUCUUGGCAGUUGCGAGUACGGCAGGCCAAGUCACCUGCUUUCGCCUCACCCCUAUUUUCCGCAGAGCUGAAGGGGAACUGACGGACUCAACAUUCGCCGGGAGCUUGCUGGGAAGUCGAGUCGGUUGUGUUGAUUCACUCCUGCAAGACGCUAGAAGGAAUCCUUUCCUUGUUGAAUUGGAGCUGCUCACGACGCUGCAUGUUCCUUUUUCCACAGCGCCACGACUUAUCGAGUUUACGCAUUCCCCACAACAUCCGAGAAGCCAAAAAGUGUUGCCUGCUCCAAUGCUACUGACAGCCUGCAUGGGCUUCAGCAGACUGUGCUUAGUAUACGAACGUGAACGGCACAUUCUGCUAGGAAUGGAAGUGCCCAGCUUUUCGGCAGAACAGCAAUCAGAGCCACAGCAAGUGUGCAACCAAAUUCAAAAGACUACGAGCCGUCACUCUGCAAACAUUAGAUCUGGGGCAGCCGACUGCGUGUCGCAACAAAAGUCUCAUCAAGCUCCGCGGUUUCAUAGAGGCGCCGGGCUUGCCAGACUGUAUCGCGACCGCGAAGGCUUCGCAGGGUCGGAAUCGACUGACGCCACUUCUUCCGGAAGCUUUUCGAAAAUGAGACAGUCUCUGGCUGGCCGGCUCAGUGACAUGUUGUCCGAUCCAGAAAUCACGAAAACCUCGUCGGCAGCAAUCAUUCAAUUUUCCACUGGAAAGCUUCCUCAUGCCUCCGCACCAAGUGGUCUGCUGUGUUACACGUUCGUAGAUCCAUGUAACGCAGCCUCUACUUCGCAAAACAUAGGCAAGCGUAGCCUGUCAGUUCGUGUAAUCUCCCUUGCGACGGACGGAUAUGUCUUAAUGUGGAGCUACAAAUUUUCUUACUGCUCACCAGAAUUAGUAGGUCAUAGGCCAUCUGGAAACGUAGAACUCGCGAAGCCUGUGCAGACGAAGAGCCUUCAUGUAGUGGGAAACGACCAGCCGAUCCAGUCUUGUUGCUUCGACAAGAAGGGAAACGCCUGCAAUUCAAACGCUACAUGCUUCACAGAUUAUGCUCAAAACGACAAUGGCACUAUUCCGGCCCUGCAAAAGUACCCUACUGACCCCAUCAACUGCAUUGUAGCGCCUUCAUCUGGCUCCUUUUGUGGAAAUGGCACAUACGAAGACCAUACAGGAGACAUUCAAGCAUUGGGCAGGGCAGCAUGUAACACGACGGGCCCUGCAGGAUCCCGUGACUUCAGCCAGGAGCGUGCGUGA